AUGCCGUCAAAGCGGCAGUGCUUUGUGCUUGAAGAAUGUGAUGUGAACUUCAAGCAACAGCUGUCGAGAAACACCUUUGACGAAGGCGCAAAAGACGACAUUGUCAAAGCGUCGCCCGUCCGUGGCACUGCUGAAGGAAUGCCCGACUGCUCGAGUCAAGAGUACAACUUUGCGCUGGGGAUGGGGCAAUGCAGGUGUGCCACAUGCCAGGGCAUACCCGGAGCUGCCAUUGAUGCCUUUUUCCAAAGAAUCGCAACACGAGUUGUUCAGGACCUGGAAGAUGCGCCGGUUGUAGCUCCGCCCAGUGAGGAGGAGGUUGCUUUGGCCUGGUGGAAGCGCGGGACUUUCGCAGUAACGAGCUCCGUCCAGUCCUGCGAAGCUCAAGACUUGCCAUGCUACGGCCUGGACGCAGAGUUAAAGGCCAAGGCUGCUGCAAAGUACAGCCGUACUGCGGAAGAAGCUGCUGCGCAUUGGGUGGAGGCUGUGACCGGUCACCACGUUCAGGGUAACUUUGGUACAAUUCUGCGCUCAGGUGCGAUCUUGUGCGACCUCAUCAACUGCAUCCAGCCUGGAACGAUAGCCAAGGUGAACACACCGGGGAUGCCUUUCAAAGAGAGAGAAAACAUUUGCAACUUCCUUCGUGCCUGCCGCACGUUUGGAGUGCAGGAGUACGCACUCUUCUCAACCGACGACCUCUAUGAUGAGAAGAAUUUGAUGUCGGUUGUGAACUGCCUACAUGCACUUGGUGGAGCUGUUCAGCGGUCUGUGCCAGGCUUUGUAGGCCCACACCUUGGAGUCCCGGAUACCUCCAACACCAAGCGAGACUUCAAGCGUGAUCUGGGUCCCGUGUCGCAAACGGGAGGCCUUAGAGGUCCUUUGGAGCGAUCGCAUUUGGAUAUGGUCUCCAACUCCAACGUGCGAGUUGGGGGUUGCUGA